GGCGGCAGAAGUCAUCGCACACUAUUGGAAGAUGGCUUUAGAGAAUGAUGUCAAAGAGUGGCUCCAGAUAAAGUGAUGAACCCAAGUUACCGAUCAGAACAUCAAUAUAACCGCGAGAUAUCCGCUAGAAGCGUGGUAAACGUCAAAACAGCUGUUUUGGUUGCCUAAUUGAGUAGCACGCGUGAAUCCCGGUUCAACGGAACGGACAGCUCAGUAGUUUGAUUAUGUAGUGUAUCGAACAUGAAGACGAUAGAGGGAAAAGUAAUAAUGCUGGGUUCGCAAGGUGUUGGUAAAACGAGCUUAAUUGGACGUUACGUUGGAAAUGUCGAACAUGUAAGUCCUACAAUAGCAGCAUCUUUCUUCAACUGCAAGAUCAAUUUGGAAGAUGUGAAGAUAAAAUUGCAAGUAUGGGACACGGCUGGCCAAGAGAGAUUUCGCUCCAUGGCGCCGAUGUACUACAGGACUUGCAACGCAGCUCUGCUAGUGUUCGAUCUUACGCAGUAUAGCACCUUCGUCGCAAUCAAGAGUUGGGUGAAGGAGCUACAACAGAAUGUGGAGGAGACGAUGGUGCUAGUUUUGAUCGGCAACAAAUCUGAUCUGGUGCAAAAGCGUCAAGUCGACGGUGAGGAGGGUCGGAGGUACGCCACAACAAUUGGUGCUACAUAUCAUGAGAUUUCAGUGCUAUAUAACGAGGGUGUAAAAACCGUUUUCCUGGCGAUCGCUAUGGGUCUACGAAGAAUGGCAUCAGACAAUAACGAUAACACUACUCUUAAGAUUUCCGACUCUAAUAACUUUUUUAGAAACGAUGACAUGCUGCUGCCCUCGCCCUCCAUCGAGGAGAGCCCGCAGAACACCAGUAUUGCACACGGCAUACACGAGAAGCCAUUUACCUGUUGUUAGUUGUAAUAGUUCAUUAAAAAAAAAGACGGCAAUAAUUAAGUAAAAAUUGCGCCUCGCUUAGGAAUCAUCGUCAAUUACCAAAGAGUUUACUAAACACUGAAAUAUGCCGCACUUUUGCAGGUAGUUUCGUUAGUAAACCACAAAUUUUUGUCUCGUGACGCGCCUUCGUUUUCGAGAUACAAAAUAUACAUAUGUAUAAAACACAAAGCAAUUGAACAUCUGCUCUUCCAGUCUGGUGUUAGUCAAAUCUUUUUUACGACGCUCGCGUGGAUUUAACGCGAAAAUUAAAUCGAUGAUAAUAGACAUUAUACAGGAUGUAACUAAAAUAAAGCGACAAACUUCUGGGGCGACAAGCUCCCACAUCAAGUAAGAAAAAAGUUCAUACAAACAUAUAAACAUGUAAAUAUAUAUUCGCAAAUUCACUGUUACUGAGAUACAAUAAAUGUUAUUAAUAUAAA